AUGGCGGAUCCCAAUCUCUACAAGUAUGAGUCCCCUCUGAAGGGCUAUGAAGGCCUCGAGCCACUACCAAACGAAAAGGCCACGGACGGGAAGUCGUAUAUAAACCCACCAGCCGAGAAGAAGAGCGAGUCGUACAAGUCUUUCGUAGCUCCAAUAGACAACGGCAUCCGUGGAGGCUUCGACGUUCACGUUUACUUCCUCCAAACCGACCAAGAAGAGGUCAAGUUCGCCAACGAGCUGUGGGAACGGAUACGGCGCGAAUUCCCUGAGCUACGCAUCUACCGAGUAUGGGAUCGACCUCUUGGUCCUCAUCCUGUUGCCAUGUUUGAGGUCAACAUAUUUACACCCGAACAAUUCGGAGCUUUCAUUCCGUGGCUCGUGAUCAACAGGGGGCCAUUAUCGGCUCUCAUUCAUCCUAAUACUGACGAUGAGUUGAGAGAUCACACCCAAAGAGCGACGUGGAUGGGACAACCGCUUCCUUUGAGUACAAAGAUGUUCAAACAAACGUAA